CGCGCCGAGCGGGGCGGGCCGAGCCGAGCCGAGCGCAGCCGAGCGGAGCCGAGCGCGCCGCACGCCGCCCAGCGCGAAGAUGGCAGCGGGCGAGCCUCAAGCCAAGAAGCUGAAGCUGGAGCCGAAGCAGCUGAGUGAAAAUGUUCUGUUUGGAAUGGGAAAUCCGCUGCUUGAUAUAUGUGCGGUUGUGGACAAGGACUUCCUUGACAAGUAUGGGCUGAAACCAAAUGACCAAAUUCUGGCGGAGGAGAAGCACAAGGAACUAUUUGAAGAACUUGUGAAAAAGUUCAAAGUAGAAUAUCAUGCUGGUGGCUCUACUCAAAACUCUGUCAAAGUGGCCCAGUGGAUGAUUCAGAACCCGUACAAAGCUGCAACUUUCUUUGGGUGCAUUGGCAAAGAUAAAUUUGGAGAAAUAUUAAAGAAGAAGGCCGAGGAAGCUCAUGUGGAUGCCCAUUACUAUGAGCAGAGUGAAGAACCAACAGGAACCUGUGCUGCCUGCAUCACUAGUGAUAACAGGUCACUUGUAGCUAACCUUGCUGCUGCUAAUUGCUACAAGAAGGAAAAGCAUCUUGAUUUGGAGAAGAACUGGAAGUUGGUGGAAAAAGCCAAAGUUUAUUACAUAGCAGGAUUCUUCCUGACGGUGUCACCAGAAGCAGUAUUAAAAGUGGCUACUCAGGCUUCUGCAAACAACAAGAUCUUCAGCUUGAAUCUUUCUGCACCAUUUAUUAGCCAGUUCUACAAAGAGCCUAUGAUGAAAGUCAUGCCUUACGUGGAUGUCCUUUUUGGAAAUGAGACAGAAGCUGCCACUUUUGCUAGAGAGCAAGGCUUUGAGACUGAAGACAUUAAAGAGAUAGCCCGGAAGACACAAGCCCUGCCAAAGGUGAACACUAAAAGGCAACGAAUUGUAAUCUUUACCCAGGGGAAAGAGGACACUGUAAUGGCUACAGAAAAUGAAGUAACUACUUUCCCUGUGUUGGUGAGUGAUCAGAGUGAAAUCGUGGAUACCAAUGGGGCUGGAGAUGCAUUUGUUGGAGGCUUCCUCUCGCAGCUUGUCUAUGACCGGCCGGUGACCGAGUGCAUCCGAGCUGGACACUAUGCAGCCAGCGUCAUUAUCAAGCGCUCAGGUUGCACCUUCCCAGAGAAGCCUGACUUCCACUGAUACCGGUGAACUGGAGGGAUCAAGAGUAACUCUCAUAUUGCCGUGGGAUCGCUGCCUAAAUUUUUCCUCCUUCCUUGUCCUCACCUUUCCAAUUACCUGCAUCAACGGUUCUGUACUUCUGUUCAUUUCAUUUUAAAUGAAAUAUAUAUUUCUAUGAUGUUUUCCUUUCUGUGCCACUACCAUGUCUCACUAGUCUUAACUUUUGGAAACUGUGCUAAGUGAAGCUUAUUCUUGUAUCCGCCUGGAAAAAUUGUUCUAUUGACACAGUUUAAAAUGAAGUCCUGUGUAAUUGACACUGCUGACUAACACAGUAAAAUAAUGAAUUAUCUGGUUUUAUCUGUGUCCUACUCAACUUACUUGAAAUGAACAGACCUGACUGUAUUUGUGACAUAACCGUAUAAACCAGGAAUAGUUCUUUCUGUAUAGUGGAGUCACAGUAGCGUUAAGAGCAGUGUGAGCAUUCCGAGAAUUUCCUUCAAUGUCUGAGUGUACAAGAUCUGGCCAUCACAUCCAGCCCAGCCACCGUGGAAGCAAAUAGCUAUCUGUCAGAACUUAAGGGCGUGAUCAUGCUGAUGUCAGUGACUGUGGGUCUGGUGCUCUGUGGUCACUGUGCCCUGACCUCACGCCGGGCUGCCAGGUGAGCAUGCAGAUAGGUACUUUCAGGGAUUUCAGGGCAGAGGCACGAGCUGAUGAUGAACAUAACGUAUGGCUAGAUCCUAUCUCCUCAGUGUGAGCUUUUUAAAGGCUGUAUUUAAUUAAGGUACACGUAGUGAAAAUGAGGUACAGAAAUAUUUAUGCAGGAUAUAUUGACAGGACAUGCCAAAUGGAAUCUCUGAAACGCACAUUUUUAAACUUUUAAUUUACUUUGGGUAAUUAUCAAUAUGGUGGAUUUUGUUUGUAUUUACAGUAUUCAAAGAGGUGAUCUGACACUGCAUUCAUUACUUUGCUAUGUAAUUUGAUACUGAUAAAUAAAAAAUUGUCGUACAGUAACUCUCAGCUUUGUACUGUUGU